AUGAUCAAUGCUAUUCUGAUUUUCUCACCUCGCGGUGAAUUAAUAGUCUCGAAACAUUUAAAGAGUUCGUUGAAGAGAUCGAUCUCUGAUGUUUUUCGAAUCCAGGUCAUAAACAAUCUUGAUGUGAGGUCACCUAUACUCACUCUAGGCUCUACUACAUUCCAUCAUAUUAGAUCAAGUGGUAGCAAUAGUCUGUGGCUGGUAGCUGUAAGUAGAACCAACGCUAACAGUGGUGCAAUAUGGGAGUUUUUAUGUAAGCUGAACGACAUCAUGGACGCUUAUGAGCUCACAGAGGAGAAUAAUUUGAAGGAAAACUUUAUGAUGUGCUACGAAAUUUUGGAUGUGGUGCUUGCAGAAGGAGGAAUACCUACCGAUACAGAGAUCAACUCGGUAAUUACGAAGCUUUCUGAGAAGCCUGAGAAACAAAUCCACAAUACCACACUGGAAAGGCCAGAUCGACUUAACCUGUCAUCUAUCAAUUUACCUGCUCCCAGCAAUGGCUAUCCCUCACUAUCAAUGCAUAAAUUUCUUACCAGAAAUAACAGAUCGAUGUCGCAAGACUUGGGGACUAAUUAUCCUUCAAAUCUAUCUUGGAGACAGCAUGGUAUAAAAUACAAGAAAAACGAGGUACUUCUGAAUAUGAAUGAAAAGAUAAGCAUUCUGGUUUCCAAAGAUGGCUCUAUAUUAAAGGCGCACAUCGAUGGAACCGUGGAUUUAACUACACAUUUAAGUGGCAUGCCCAUCUGUCAAUUUGGUCUAAAUGAUUCGUUAAGUUUACAUUUUGACGAAGAUGCUUCAUUAGCUGAAGAAGAUUUCAUGAAUAAAAAAGCUAUCCCAAAGGCCGCAGCUGGUCGAGUUCUGCUUGAAGACUGCAAGUUCCAUCAAUGCGUUUCUCUUGAUAAGUUCAAUAGGGAUCGUGUCAUCAAAUUUGUACCACCAGAUGGAUCUAUGGAACUAAUGAAGUACUGUGUGCGAGAUAAUAUAAAUUUACCAUUUAAAGUGACUCCUAUUGUAACAACAACUGCUAUGGGAAAUUCUUUGGAGUACAGAGUAACCUUGAAAUCGUUAUUUCCCAGUAAACUGUCAGCGGGAGACGUUUCAUUACGGAUUCCAGUCCCAAAAGGAAUGAUAGACUGCAAAAUCAAUGUUUCAAAUGGUAAAUGCAGAUUUGCUCCCGAAGAAAACGCUAUGGUAUGGAAAUUCGGUAAAUACAACGGUUUGACAGAAAACACUCUAAGCGCCAUAAGUAUCCCAGCAACAGAUACCACACAGUUGAUGGUGCAGCAGUGGCCAAGACCGCCAAUGUCACUGGAUUUCAAAAUUAUGAUGUUCAGCAGCUCCGGUCUAGUAGUGCGGUACUUCAAAAUCAGCGAAAAGAACGAGAAUUACAAAACUGUGAAGUGGAUAAAAUACAUUUCAAAAUCUGGAUCAUAUGAAGUGAGAUACUAA